AACACAAGAUUCAGAAACGACCUCGAAGAACGCACAGGCAACAAGAGAAAAUCCUUAUUUUCCCCAAACUGCCAGAGAAGGAUCUACUGUUGUUUUCGAUUGCGAGUUCUCGCUUUUGACCUCGUCGUCCCUUUCCCUUGGAAUCUUUUGAUUUGGGAUAAUCAGGACCACUGGCAACUACUUGGCGUGCUUUAGGGAUUUCUAACCUUACCAGAUUACAGAAAUGAAUUGAGUGGCGGUAUCCUCGUAGCUCUUAACAUUGAGGAAUAGGAAAGAAGGCUUGGGUGGUUGAUCUUACAUCUCAUAGAGAGGAAGAAUACCAGGGAUGAUAAGGGCCUCCUACUAAACUCAGUAGUAUGAAAAGGGGGCGUGUAAGAUGGGAUGAGGCUAAUCUUGGGGAAAUUGAAGCAAAUAAACCCGUGAGGCAGAAAAUCACCGAACCGAAGACGCCUUAUCACCCUAGGAUUGAUGAUGAUGGAUCUCUAUCUCCUGUAAGGAAUAGUUCUGAGGAUUGCACUGUUGAUGCUAUUCACGCAGCAGCAAUACGGUCUGCCUUGAAUGAUGUAGCUUCCUCUAGUGGGAAAAACUCUCAGCAGUCUGGCGGCUGGACAUCAUCUGAUGAUGAGGCAGAUCCCAUGGAUCAAGAUGAAGCCUUUUCGGAUUCUGGAACAGAUUCAAGCAGCAUGAGUUUCAGGGAGCAUAGGCGAGCUCAUUAUGAUGAAUUUCGGAAAGUAAAAGAACUGCGGCGAAAAGGCUCCUUUCUUGAAGAUGCAUCAGACGAGGAGGGUGACAUGAAAAAGGAUGGAAAGUCUGAUUCAUCAUCAUCAUCAUUAACUGCUGGUGUGAAAGAUAUAGACAUUGAGGGCAGCUCGGGUGUCUGUCGACGAACUUCUACACCUCCAGCUAAUGGAGUUUAGAAGCUGUCCAAACAACAUUCAGAAGUGAGACUGGUUCUCUUUUUUUUUUGUUUUGUGCGCCUGUUAUUCUCUUUUUAGUUUUAUUGCCAAUCAAGGGACAAAUACCAUGACUCUUAUUUUGUGUCUUUUCUAAAUGCAAUUUUUCUUGUAUAAUCUCUGACAACCUUUCCUACAUAAGUUCUGUUCUAUUCUGUUGUGUUUCGUUGUUAUUGAAUAAAUAGGAAAGCAAGUGUGGCUUUGAUUAUUAA